UUUCCAGUUUACAGCAAUUGUGCUGAGGUCUAUGAAGCCGGUUUGCGAACCAGUGGUGUCUACACUAUCGACCCUGAUAAUACUGGAGCCUUUGAUGUGUACUGUGACCAAAAAACAGCCGGUGGGGGGUGGACUGUGUUCCAAAAGAGACUGGACGGCUCGGUUGAUUUUUACCGCGACUGGGACGACUACAAACGAGGCUUUGGAAAUCUGAAUGGUGAAUUUUGGCUUGGACUAGAAAAGAUUCACCGACUGACAAAAGAACAAAGCAGGCUUCGGGUAGACCUGGAAGACUUCGAAAACCAAACAGCUUACGCUGAAUACGACUCCUUCGGUGUUGGUGAUGAACAGAGCAAGUACAAGCUGGGACGUCUUGGACAAUACGCUGGUAAGACAUAA